AUGAAAGACAUUUCUCAUGGAAAAGAAUCGUUCAAGCUACAGAACCCAAGCGCCGCACAAUCGCCCGCCACACUUCCCGUAACCUCCGUGGAUUAUUCCGAGGACGACAGUUGUCCCUCAAGUCCCUCCGAAUCCGCCAUGGUUGAAACAAAUCACGCAACCUCGCAUCAUCUGAACCGCAGUCCAAGCAGUCCUCCGCGCGCCAUGUCUGCCGAAACGCAAAACUACUUGAACACAACGGCGAUGCUCGGCAACUACUUGGGCCAUCGUCUGUCGUCGCUGCAAAAUGAACGCAACGCACGCGAAAUUCCGUCGUCUCCGUGUUCGCCGCCAUCUCCGUCAACGGCGCCACCCGCUCAGAGCCCCAAUGGAACACGAACACAGGCACCUACGUCACUUUUUACCAUCGACAGUAUUUUAGCGCCGACAAAAUCGAACGUCACGUUGAACAAUAACAAUCGCAGCUCGGAAAGUCCUGGCAGUUCACCGCCGGCAAGUGCAAACACGAGUCCCAUGAGACCGCGAAUUCCGAUGUUGCAUCAUCCGGGCUUGCAUUUGGGGCAUUUGGCAGCUGCUGCGGCAAGUGGCUUCGGAAGCACGUCGGAAUUUUUAGUUGAAGAGAGAUCAUAA